CCUGUCGUGAAGUGUUCGUAGGCAGGUUACACCGUUACAGGCUUACCCGUACUCCGUACAGCAUGUCUUUCAACCGUGCCAGCGCGUGCUUUCGGGGCAUCGAUAGGGUGACAUUCCUAACGAGCAUCUCACGCCACAAAAUAGCAGGCCAUUUGCCAAUGCUGCGCCGCGCUCGUCGAUGAAGCAGAGUUUAGAGAGAUCUCUCUGGUUCCUCAAAAUCCCAAUGUCACUUCGCAAUCGCAGUCGGCUCCGCGCCGUGUCUUACUCUUAGUGUCUUUCCCAGUGCUCCCCCCCGACCGAUGGCAAUAUCCGACAUUGAAAGACAUGAAACCUCCCCUCUUUCCAUCCCAUAUUGGAGAUCUAGGGGGCGGCCAGCCUCGCCAUACAGAGUUUACAGGCCUCGUCACUUGACCGGUUCCCUUUCGCCGAAAACGACCUUUGGCCCGUCCACUAUCCAGUCUCCUCUCCCUCCACGGGGGAGGACAGAAUAGCCAAGGAUGGUGAGUCUGGGGGAAGGGAAGACGGGGAAGAGAGAGGGGGGGGGACACGCUGCUACGCUGCUCCAGGCUUCAGGCAACAAGUCUUCGCCCGGCCGGCUGGGGCAGGUCGAUGCGGCGCUCGACCACAGAGAAAACGGCGCCCUAGGGGUAUGUAUGGAUGGAAUCAUGGAUGGCAGCGACGUCUGGUGUGUUGAACGUUUGAGUACCUAGCAAAAGAAAGUGGCGUGGACGCAGCAGCAACGCUUUGAUGGCCGCGGAACCCUUCUCUGUCAAAGCAGAACGUCGCUGGGCCUCCGGAUGACAAUCCGAACUGGUGUGUGUCUGCCCGUGGGCGGAUUCUCGCAGCCUUUCCGACCACUUACCAGAGUCAUGAGGGUGUAUUCCAGGCGGUCUAGCACUACACUGUCGCCACGUCUGUUUGGUUUUCAGUCUGAUCUCUCUGAUCUCGGGGCCCCGGGGAACGGCGGGUCGACUUCCAGGUCCCGUCCCUUUUCUGACCAUUUUCCGCAUAUCUGUACGGAUUGUGGCCUUGCGUCUGGAUGUACGUAUUCGACGCUUUACACUUUAUUUCUUUUCUUUUCUUGUCCUCGAAUUGUUGUAUCUUCAUCCGUUUUCAUGUUCGCCCUCCGUUAUCUUGGCAUCGAUGCCGGCAACGUCACUCUCCAAAGUUGCGGUUUCCGUUCCCCUGGCAGAAUUCCGGUAGUUCGGUCCACAUACUCAGUCAUGUCGCGCCGCAGGGUGACACAACAUUCUUCUCCCUCCAUACGCGCGCCUGUGGUGGAAUCCCGCCAUUUGCUGCAGGUAAUACCGACGCCUUUAAUGUCAUCACAUCGAGGCCUCAAAUCCACGAUGCCAUCAAUGACUCCUAAUCAAGUACCGCGAAACGAAGCAACAAGCAAGAAAAACGGAUAACAGACGGAAGAGUUACGAGUCAAGAAACGGUCCGUCCUCGCGACCGUGCGAGCAGACGGAAAUCAGAAUAAUAUUUAAUAUUUGAUAAAAUAAAAAUACAUUGGAGAUUUUCUCCAAAAUUC